GCACGUUUUCAAAUGUAAUCGAAUGCUGUUAUUUCGAUUAAUGCACAACGGACUUUAGACUUUCGAUAGAACACGAUUUGAGGUUAUCGAUAAGCGACCAUGUAUCGACAUCAAUUUGGAAACUCAGCAAGUGCAAGUGAAACUAUUUGCGAACAAUAACAAAUUGUGGUAAACAAUGCGUCGCUUUUUUGUGCAUAAACAUAAAUUAGGUUAAUGGCGAGACAAACGGGAAUCUCACAGACGUUGUCGUUGACCCAAUUUACUUGUCGAGCGAUAGGCAAAUUGGGAGCAAAAUUAAUCGCAUUAAUUUGCAAGAACUUUUCACUUAGUUUUGGCGACAACAACAGCGCAGUCGACGUCGACGUCAGCGUCGUCGUCAUCGUCGGCAGCGACAGCGACAGCGGCGAUGUGACAACGAGAGCAGAGCGUUAGCGAUAUGAAUUUCAUGGAAUUUGCAAUGUUGUGUUUAUCAAAAACUGCAUCCCACAACCAAAAUCCCACUCGACACUAGUCUUUUCGUUUUUGGACCACAUCGAGCACGUGCAGCAGAGCGAGCGAAAGUGGCAAUGCACCAUUUGAACCUAGGUGUUUAACCCUGGACGAGUGGAAAAGCGAGGAAAACGUCGUUUCUCUCUCUCUCUCUCCUUGGUGAUGUUUGCCAAUGCGAUGCCGAAUUUCAUUUAACGUGAAUCGCACUCAGCGCAAUGAGAAUGAGCGCAGAAGCACAUGGCUUAAGAACAGCAACAAAAGUUAUUUUAAACCAAUGUUUGACCUUGCCCAUCAUACCCAUCAUCACUAUGGCUCACGGGUAUUACAAGUAAAGUCGUCUCUAGUUCAACUUGGGGUAUAAAACGUGUGGGCCGCUGCUGUGUCAAUUCAAACGUUUAACGAGUGCAGAACACAACAGCGACAGCACGCGACAAUCGAUAAUCGCCCAGUACACCAACAAAACAAAAACAAAAUAACUGUGAAAAUGCAUGCCUGCAAAUUGCUGUUGACUUUGCUGCUUGCGCUGCACUGCUUGCAAGGCCUCUUGGCCGCCUGUGUGUGUUCGGAGAAGGGCACGGAUUACUGCCAGAGCUGUCAGGGUCCGACAAUAGUGCGUCCCAAGCCGCGUUACUAUGAGCCCAGCGAUGUGAACUUAUCGCCAAUUGGCGAUAAUUGCUGGUGCAGCAAGCAACUGAUCGAGCCCGCUCAGUUGCCCAAGACGUGUGGCAAAAAGACGCCAUGCAAACCCACCUGCGGCUGCCAGCAGAGCGACAGCGGCGAUAGUAGCUACACUAGCUGCAGCAGCAGCAGCUCCAGCUCCAGUUAUGAUAACAUUGCGUACGCUGCGGAAAAGUCACAGGACAACAGUCCAGCUGCGGAUCCCAUUAGUGUCGGAUUAGCUGCCCAGGCGGGCAAGGCGAUCAAUGUUCCUGAGGCAAAGUUAGCCUAUGGCUUUGCCCAGAAACCGGUGGAUGGACAGCAGAAGGUCUUCUUCUCUAAUGUGCCCGAGGAGAAUCUGUUCAAGCUGAAGAGCGAAGUGAUUACGCUUAAGAAGCGCACCUAUGCCGCCAAGGAAGAGGAGGAGGAAUACGUUGAGGAGGAGGAACAGGACAGCACCGGCGAUGAUGAUGACGUGCCACAGCUGACAUACAAACAGUUGGGCUACAUUACCGAACAGUACAAGAAUCCCAAGUUCAAGAAGAUCACCUCCAGCAAAUCAUCAUACUCCAGCAGCAGCGACAGCGAUAGCUAUGGCAAAGUGGGCGGCAAAGUGUCCGUCGACUGUGGCUUCAAGCCCGGACGCGUCACCUCGUAUCGCAGUGCACGACGCCAGGAGCUGAUGAGCGACAGCUAUUAGGAUUAGCUUUACGCACACACACUUCUCUCUCCCACUGUACAUAAUUGUAAAUGAGUUUAGUUCGUUGAUUAGUUGGAUGGAUGUAUUAGAAUAAUUGCUUAGCAAAUUCAAUUGUAGACACUUUUGCACCCAACAUUUUAUUAUAGGAAAAUACAAAUUCACGGCAUAAUCCGUUAAAGAU